AUGGCGGCUACAGAGGAAGAGAUGACGACGACAACGAAGGAAGGCACCAACCUAUUGGGAAAGCCAAAGUAUAAGAAACUCGAGAACGGGAGAUCCAGAUGCGUGCAGACGGGUCACGAGCUACUCGAGAAAGACAAGGAGCUCUAUUCGCAGAGCAAACGGUGUCGUCUGGGGCUUAUCGAUCAUGCCGUAUCCCACAGCAAGCCUCCACUCAACUUGUUCGAGCAAGAUCCUAGCGCUCGUUCAAAAUUGAAAUGUAAGCUGACGGGUGAUACAGUAAACAAGACUGAGGAACAUAUUUGGAAGCAUAUCACUGGAAGGCGCUUCCUCAACAAAUUAGAGGAGAAGGAACGAGAGAAGGAGUCUGGAGCUAUUCUAGAGAAUGAUGGAGAAACGCCGGCGAAGGAAAAUGGGGUAAAAGAAGAAAAGAAGAAGAAUAAAAAGAAGAAGAAGAAGAACAAGAAGAAGAAAAACAAGAAGUCUGAUGAAAAGGAAGAGAAUGGAGAGGAUGUUACUGAUGAAGUCGAGCAUGAAAAUCAUGAAGAUGUUGAGGAGCUUGACUUUUGGAUGCCUCCAGAUGGAGAGAGGUGGGACUUUGACGAUGGAAAAGACCGUUGGGGAUCAGAUUCUGACCCUGGAGAGGAAAAGAAUGGGGAAGAAGAUCCAAUAGGUGAAAUCGAUGAAGAUGAAAAGAAUAGCUUGGAUGAGUGCAUGAUAGGUGAAAUUGAUGAAGAUGGCGAAAAUGGUUUGGAUGAGACUCCUGCAAGAAAUAAGAGGAAAUCUGAAGAACUUAGUUCCAAUGGCCUUCCUUCGAAGAAGAAGAAGAAGAAGAACAAGAAGAAUAAAAAGGUCAAAACAACUGCGUCAUAA